UUCAAGAAGAAACUGUUUGUUUGUUUUAAAAUUCAGAGUUCCCACACACACCAGUAGUAUUUGUAUUCCAGGGAUAUAGGAUUGCUGAGUUCAGGCCUAUAGAUUUUUGGAUGCCAAGACAAACGUGAAAUCCAUCAUGGCGAAGUUUAAUAACAACCCAGCUGAGGAGGUCCACAACCGACAGGUCAAAAUUGGCGGGCAACCUUCUUUGGUCACGAAAACGGCAUUUGAAAAAUUUACUCAACUAGAAAAUGCUGGCAUACCUGUCAAACCCAGCAGCUUUAACAAACCUGCUCCUCUUAAACCGUCUUUGGGCACAAAACCUUCUCUUCACAACACAUCAGACAAGGAUGCAAAGCCACCCCCGUUGAAGAAUAGUCCUGUCACCAGCAAAGUUGCUGCCUUGGCCCAAGCAGUCAGCAAAGAAGCUAAUGAAAGACCUGGAUUCCCUAAGCCUUUGGGUCCAAAACCUACAGAAAGACUACAACAGGAACCCAAACCACUUUUCCCAAAGCCAUCUGAAAAUAGGUUACCUGGAUCCUCUAUGCCUCUGAAAAAUGAUACUAAACCUCCAGGACUGAGGCCAGGCUUGAAACUUGAAUCCCAAGAAAGUGAAGUGAAGCCUCUGUUUCCAAAGGUCAAGGAAAAAAUCUCUGCUUCACAGGAAAAUGAACUCAAACCUCUUUUUCCAAAGCCUCCUCUUAGGGAAAAACCAGGCCUACAUCCUGGUUUGAAAAACGGAGAAGAGUCCAACAAAAAUGUGAAUUUGAUUCGGGCACCUUCAGGCUCAGUAGGUAUCAAACCAAAAGUGAGCUCCUUUCGGAUGCCAAAAGAAGCUGAAGAAAAGAGCAUUAGUGGAACGGAUUCCACAACUGGCCCUUUCCCACCUUUGAAACAUGUUGUCAGUACUCUGAGCAAUUUAUCUCCAGUCCACCAGAAACCUUUGCCACAGCAGAAUGAAGAAGGGCAAAUGAGUGUCACUAAGAACAUUUCCAGAUUCAAUCAAGAGGACUCAGGGUCGAUGUCUGGUGCAACCUCUGCUAAAUUUGUCAGUUCUGUCAAAGGGGCGACAACAGGACCCUGGGCCAAUAACACAGAAAAGGAAGAGAAAGACAAGAAUUUGCCCAAACGAAAUGUGUUGCCUCCACUAUUCAAGAUAGGCCCCCCUCCACAGAAACCCAGCAGGCCUCCAACAGUUGACCUGGAAAAGUUUCAGAAAAAUAAUGGCGAAAGCUCUAACAAAUUCCCUUCCUCUGGAUUACCUCCACCAUCCAGCUCUGCCACACAAACUGCUGCCCCUCAGCCACCAGCACCAGCACCAGCACUUCCUCCACCUCCAGGUUCCCAUCCGUCAGCACAAGCUCCACCAGUCCUUCCUCCAAGAAACAUCAAGCCAAGACCUCAAGAAAAUGAGGAAAACUAUGAUGAUGCAGAAUUUGUUUCAGGAGGAAGUGUAAAUGCAGAUGAGAGUCAAAACAGUGAGGGUGAAACCUAUGAAGACAUAAAUGACAUGAGGCCUACAGCUAGAGAGGAUGAAAGGAAAAAGGAGAAGGAAGAAAGGAAAAAGUCAGGCCAAGAGAAGAAAGAACAAAAAGAAAAAGAGAAAAAAGAACAAGACAUCAGAAAGAAGUUCAAACUGAUGGGUCCCAUCGAAGUCAUUCACCAGGCACGAGCUUGCACAGACUUCAAAGGAGGGAAGAAUGAUCUGUCAUUCAAACAAGGAGAUAAAAUUGAAAUAAUCCGCAUCACAGACAAUCCAGAAGGAAAAUGGCUGGGAAGAACAAGAGGCUCCUACGGCUACAUUAAAACAACUAUGGUUGAAAUUGAUUAUGACUCACUAAAAAGGAAGCCACGACCCUCCAUCAACAUUCAGCCAAGGCAGCAAGACAGUGACCAAGAAGUGUAUGAUGAUGUUGGGGACCAGGACAGUAUCAGCAGUGGAGCUCAGAGUACCACAGGAAUGGGAUUCCCACCUCCUCCAUCUCCUGAUAUCUAUGAUGGUGUUGAGGAUGAUGAUGAUGUUCCAACGAGGUCUGUGUCACAGGACGAAGAUAAGACUGAUUCCUGGAUUUUGAAGAUUUUGAAAGGAAAAGAUUACCAAAAGAAAAGCAUGCGAGAAACAACACCUAAAGUCUGUGUGACAGAAGAUAAUCGAAGUCCCCCGGGUCCUUCAGCAAAGCAAACAGGGAAAGAUUCAGGAGAUAGUGAUGUUUACGAUGAUGUAGAGCCAACUGACUUCCCUCCUCCACCGAAAGAAAUGAGCUCAGGGAUAAAUAUGAAGCUUCCAAACUUUGGAAAACCCAGAUCAGAUGAACGUGAUUCCCAGAAAUUCAAAAAGAUGGAGAAAGAAGAGAAAGAAUUUCGAAAGAAAUUUAAAUUUGAAGGUGAUAUUUGCAUUCUGUACAGUACAACUAUAUCACGAGCACCUUCUCCAAAAAAAAGAGGUUCAAGAGACUUGCAAGUGAGGCCAGGAGAAUCUGUUGAUGUUAUUAAAAAUGUGGAUGAUACAAGAGUCUUGUGCAGGAAUGAAGAAGGAAAAUAUGGCUAUGUUCGACGAAGUUGUAUAGUGAAUGAAGAUGAUGAAAUCUAUGACGACAUCGCUGAUGGCUGCAUAUACGACAACGAUUAGCUACAGACAUCUUCUCAGUCCAGUCAUCAUCAUCUUUGAAUCUCCAGUUAGCUGAUACAAGAAUUAAAUGUAUUAUUUAUGCUGGUUGCUGUUGUAUAGGUACAAAGCUUUGAUUAAACAUCUCCAAGAGUUUCUGGACUGUCAAGGAGAUCUCAUAAUGGAAGGAUGCCAUUGUUCCUGAGUUUGCCUCUACUUUGCUUGACUAGGGCCAUGAACAAGACUUCCAAGCCAAAACAUCUUUCUUAGUAUAGUGUACUGAGCACUGUUAAAGCCUUAAAUCAAACAUCCAGUUCCUCCUCUCUUGAAAAGCGUAUCAUCUUUAAUGUUUCAUGUAUUUAUCAGAUCACUUUUUCACAUCAAGGAUCUGAAGUGCCCUUAGCUCUUUAUAUAUGGUAUUCUGUAACUCUUCAGUACAUCCUGCACUGGCUUCUGAAACAGGAUGCCUUAGCAAACUGACCAUAACUAUUUUGGCUUUUUUGUUUGAAAGAACAUUAUGUUGUUUCAUUAUGAAAGGUUCUGGUUAUAGUUAUCAAACAGCUUCUGAUCAUCCACAUCCCAUAAAUCCCUAUCUUGUGAAUGUUUCUUACAAAGCCAAUUUAAAAGUUAAAAAUAAACAAAUACAUUCACAACUUGUUACAAUAUACAUAGGUUGAGAAAUGUGGAACUAAGCAUACAUAUUCCAUACAUGUUGAUAUCCCCUGUCCAAUACAUACACCAACACAUGCAUUUUGCAAGCUGCCUUGAGUCCCAAUCUGGGAGGAAAGCAGAGGGAUAUACACACAGUUUCUCAUACUCCUUAUCUUUCAGCCCAAGGAUUGAAACUGGAAAAAUUAUCCUACAUGUGUGUUCAAAGUACAGUGGGCCCUUGAUAUCUGCUGAGGUUUGGUUCCAGGACCCCUCUGGAUACCAAAAUCUGUAAAGUUCAUGUAUUCCACCAAAUGCAUUAUUCCCUUUAGGAAGAUCAACCCCAAAUCAUACACAAUCCCUCGCUGCCAGGAUUGCCCUCAAAUUACACUUCUGCUCUGGACCCCUACUAUACUCAUUACCUCUUUCUCAGGGGCUGGACUUGGUGGCCCAUGAUGUCUCUUCCAUCUCUAAGAUUCUGUGAUUCAAUGUGUGCCAAUCCAUUCUUCAGUAUGUAACCUGUCCAUGCAUCACACAGACAUACUUCUUUUCUCUGUCUUAAGCAUAGAACCAUUCAUAUAAAUGGCAUAGAUACACUUAAUAAACAUGGGGCAAGAGGUCUUGGUCAUUGCCACACUGAGGACCCUUGAUAUUUUAUAUGUUUAUUUAUAUACACACAUUGUACUUUUGGCUGCAUUCUGAGAUACUCAUAGGCUUGAGACCUUUAAUUAUAAUAGUAUAUUUCUAUUUUGUUUUGAGAGAUUUUGGUGGGAGAAGGGUUAUUUGUCUUGUGUUUUUAUCUUUGCAUUUUGUUCUUAAAACAUGUUUUUUCUGAUUUGGGAUAUAUUAAAGAUUUUAUGAGUUUUCUAAA